AGUCGGUCCCGCGCCAUCUCGGAGCCCAGUGCCAUCUUGUGCAGGCGUCAUGGCGAACAGGAACCCACGCGUGUUCAUGGACAUCGCCAUCAACCGCAGGAAUGCGGGGCGCAUCGAGAUAGAGCUCAGGGCUGAUGUGGUCCCAAAAACUGCAGAAAAUUUCCGUGCACUGUGCACUCAUGAGAAGGGGUAUGGUUAUAAGAAUUCGACAUUCCACAGAAUCAUUCCUAAAUUCAUGUGCCAGGGUGGUGACUUCACAAACCACAAUGACACUGGUGGGAAGUCCAUCUAUGGACACAAGUUUGCUGAUGAGAAUUUCCAAUUGAAGCACACUGGACCUGGUCUCCUAUCUAUGGCCAAUGCUGGGCCAAAUACAAAUGGGUCACAGUUCUUUAUAUGUACUGAGAAAACUACUUGGUUGGAUGGGAAGCAUGUCGUAUUUGGUAAAGUUGUAAAAGGCUAUGAUGUCGUGCAGAUGAUGGAGAAAUGUGGCAGUGAAGGUGGCAAGCCAUCCUCUAAUAUUACCAUUGUUGAUUGUGGACAAUGUGAAUAGAAAUGUACAAUACAAAUAAAACUUGAUUACUUGAAAUUC